UCUGACGAGCAAAGAGCUCAAGCUGCACCAACCACCACCGGCAGUUUUUUUUUCUUCCUUUUUUUGAGCAAGUUUCUUUUCUUGCUUCUUGCUACUAGCUUUAUCAGUGUCAUGUAGUCGUAGAGUGUAUUUAAUCUUCAUGUUGUUUCUUUUCUGAAGCCAUGUAGUCUUCGAAUGUAUUUAAUCUUCAUAUUGUUUCUUUUUUGAAAAGCUAUUUUUGAAAAUAGGAUAUUGAUUUCUACAAUAAAUUUUUAACUUCUUCGAAAAACAUCUCUAAACGAGUUUCUCAGUUUUAAUUCAUUUUAAUCAGAAGCAGACUUCUAAUUUCUUCAGAAGACACUUCACUGUAACUCUAUUUAUUUUAGCUUUUAGCUUUUAACAGUAACAAAGAUAAAAUUAGAAGCAGAAAACAAACGAGACUUUAAUCUUCAUAUUGUUCAGGUGGCCUGCCUCCUCAAGAAGCUGGAGAGCAACUAGACAAGCACUUCGAUAUGCGCACACAGACAACUCUAGAAGAGCAAGCAGCAGCACAAGCAGCCGCUACUACUUCAGAUCCUAAUACAAAAUUCAGGCGGCUCCAAAAGAAAUCCCACCCUGAUGGCUUCUCGUAUUUGCAUCAGGAGAAUCAUCUCAAUCAUUGUCACAUUUGUUUCCUUCCUACUCCUCGUCUCCUUCUCCUCCUUCCCCGCCUUGGCCUCGGCCGGAGGCGGCAGCAAUGGCACACGGGUGGCAUUCCGCUCGGGCGAGGAGCUGCUCAGGUUCCAGAGGAUUAAGGCCCAUCUGGACAAGAUGAUGAAUGCCUCCGUCAAGACGAUCCAGAGUCCGGACGGCGAUGUCAUAGACUGCGUGCCCUCUCACCUGCAGCCCGCAUUUGAGCAUCCCAAGCUGAGAGGGCAGAAGCCAGAGGAUGCGCCUACUGAGCGGCCAAGGAUUACUGCUGUGCAUGGCGAUGCUGAUGCGGCGGCGGAGGCGGCAGACGACGGGGAGCAGGGCCUGCCGCAGGCGUGGUGGCGCUCCGGCGAGUCUUGCCCGGAGGGGUCCAUACCGGUGGUGCGGACAACGGAGGAUGAUUUGCUGAGGGCCAGCUCCGUCGGGCGGUUCGGGAUGAAGGCCCGCGGUGGUGGCUUCGCGCGGCGAGACUCCACCGGCGGCGGCCAUGAGCACGCGGUGGGGUACGUGUCGGGGGCCCAUUUCUACGGCGCGAAGGCGAGCCUGAACGUUUGGCCGGCGCAGGUGGCGUCGCCGGCGGAGUUCAGCCUCUCGCAGAUCUGGGUCAUCUCCGGCGCCUUCGGCCACGACCUCAACACCGUCGAAGCUGGGUGGCAGGUAAGCCCUCGGUUGUACGGGGACAAGAGCCCAAGGUUCUUCACAUACUGGACGAACGAUGCGUACCAGGAGACCGGUUGCUACAACCUGCAUUGCUCGGGCUUCGUGCAGACAAGCAACCGGAUCGCCAUUGGAGCAGCCAUCUCGCCCAUCUCGGCGUACAAUGGCCGGCAGUUCGACAUCACCAUCCUCAUAUGGAAGGACCCGAAGCAGGGCCACUGGUGGCUGCAGCUGGGCUCGGGCGCGCUGGUGGGGUACUGGCCGUCGUCGCUGUUCACCCACCUGGGCGCGCGCGCCGACAUGGUGCAGUUCGGCGGCGAGGUGGUGAACGCGCGGCCGCCCGGCGCGCCGCACACGACCACGCAGAUGGGCAGCGGCCGCUUCCCGGGCGAGGGCUACGCCCGCGCGGCCUACUUCCGCAACGCGCAGGUCGUCGACUGGGACAACAGCCUCGUCCCGGCCGCCGGGCUCCGGCUCAAAGCCGACCGGCCGGGAUGCUACGACAUCGCCGGCGGCAGCGGCGGCGCCUGGGGCGCCUACUUCUACUACGGCGGGCCCGGCAGGAACGCAAGGUGCCCGUAGCUAGCUAGAAACGGAACGGAACGGGUGUUACGUUACGUGCGCACCCAAGCACAAACAACAGAGGCUCAUUCCAGCAAAUACUCCGCGCUAUAUAUAUAACAAAUCAAAGCUUUGAUUUUAUUUUUUUUGGUUCUAUUCUCUGCAUGCAUAUGAUUAUAUGAAUAUAUGGUUCUUGAUGGCUCUCUA